CCUCGGCGCUGCCGGCCGCGCCAUGCCGCGCUCGCGGGGACGGGAGCUGGGGCGCUGCGGCUGCCCCGCGGGGAGGGCUCGCGGCGAAACCGGGAUUUCGGCGCUCGCGCCGGGCGCCGGGAGCCGCUGGGGCCGCCCGCCGCCGCCAACGCCGCCGCCUCUGCUGCUGCUGCUGCUGCUGGGCUGGGGGCUGCUCAGCGUCUCGGCCGCCGCGGGCCAGAACUGCACGUUCCAACUGCAUGGUCCCAAUGGGACAGUUGAGAGCCCAGGGUUCCCAUAUGGUUACCCCAAUUACGCCAACUGCACGUGGACCAUCACCGCGGAGGAGCAGCACAGGAUCCAGCUUGUGUUCCAGUCCUUUGCCCUGGAAGAGGACUUUGAUGUCCUGUCGGUAUUUGAUGGUCCACCCCAGCCAGAGAAUCUGCGUACGAGGCUCACAGGCUUUCAGCUGCCAGCCACCAUUGUUAGUGCAGCCACCGCCCUCUCUCUGCGUCUCAUCAGCGACUAUGCAGUCAGUGCCCAAGGCUUCCACGCCACCUAUGAAGUUCUCCCCAGCCACACAUGUGGGAACCCAGGGAGGCUGCCCAAUGGCAUCCAGCAGGGCUCAACCUUCAACCUCGGUGACAAGGUCCGCUACAGCUGCAACCCUGGCUUCUUUCUGGAGGGCCAUGCCGUGCUCACCUGCCACGCUGGCUCUGAGAACAGCGCCACAUGGGACUUCCCCCUGCCUUCCUGCAGAGCUGAUGAUGCCUGUGGUGGGACCCUGCGGGGCCAGAGUGGCAUCAUCUCCAGCCCCCACUUCCCCUCGGAGUACCAUAACAAUGCCGACUGCACAUGGACCAUCCUGGCUGAGCUGGGAGACACCAUCGCCCUGGUCUUUAUUGACUUCCAGCUGGAGGAUGGUUACGACUUUCUGGAAGUCACUGGGACGGAAGGCUCCUCCCUCUGGUUCACUGGAGCUAGCCUCCCAGCCCCCGUUAUCAGCAGCAAGAACUGGCUGCGACUGCACUUCACAUCGGAUGGCAACCACCGGCAGCGUGGAUUCAGUGCCCAAUACCAAGUCAAGAAGCAAAUUGAGUUGAAGUCUCGAGGUGUGAAGCUGAUGCCCAGCAAAGACAGCAGCCAGAAGACGUCUGUGUUAACUCAGGUUGGUGUGUCCCAAGGACAUAAUAUGUGUCCAGACCCUGGCAUACCCGAAAGGGGCAAAAGACUAGGCUCGGAUUUCAGGUUAGGAUCCAGCGUCCAGUUCACCUGCAACGAGGGCUAUGACCUGCAAGGGUCCAAGCGGAUCACCUGUAUGAAAGUCAGCGACAUGUUUGCGGCCUGGAGCGACCACAGGCCAGUCUGCCGAGCCCGCAUGUGUGAUGCCCACCUUCGAGGCCCCUCGGGCAUCAUCACCUCCCCCAAUUUCCCCAUUCAGUAUGACAACAAUGCACACUGUGUGUGGAUCAUCACAGCACUCAACCCCGCCAAGGUGAUCAAGCUCGCCUUUGAGGAGUUUGAUUUGGAGAGGGGCUAUGACACCCUGACGGUCGGUGAUGGUGGUCAGGAUGGGGACCAGAAGACAGUUCUCUACAUCCUGACAGGUACAUCGGUCCCGGAUCUCAUUGUCAGCACCAAUCAUCAAAUGUGGCUCCUCUUCCAGACUGAUGGCAGUGGCAGUUCCCUGGGAUUCAAGGCUUCUUAUGAAGAGAUCGAGCAGGGCAGUUGCGGUGACCCUGGCGUACCUGCAUAUGGCUGGAGGGAAGGCUCCCGGUUUCGCCACGGUGACACACUCAAGUUUGAGUGCCAGCCCGCCUUUGAGCUGGUGGGACAGAAGGCAAUCACAUGCCAAAAGAAUAACCAAUGGUCGGCUAAGAAGCCAGGCUGCGUGUUCUCCUGCUUCUUCAACUUCACCAGCCCAUCUGGGGUUGUCCUGUCUCCUAACUACCCAGAGGACUAUGGCAACCACCUCCACUGUGUCUGGCUCAUCCUGGCCAGGCCUGAGAGCCGCAUCCACCUGGCCUUCAACGACAUUGACGUGGAGCCUCAGUUUGAUUUCCUGGUCAUCAAGGAUGGGGCCACCGCUGAGGCGCCCGUCCUGGGCACCUUCUCAGGAAACCAGCUUCCCUCCUCCAUCACAAGCAGUGGCCAUGUGGCCCGUCUCGAGUUCCAGACUGACCACUCCACAGGGAAGAGGGGCUUCAACAUCACUUUUACCACCUUCCGACACAACGAGUGCCCGGAUCCUGGCGUUCCAGUAAAUGGCAAACGGUUUGGGGACAGCCUCCAGCUGGGCAGCUCCAUCUCCUUCCUCUGUGAUGAAGGCUUCCUUGGGACUCAGGGCUCAGAGACCAUCACCUGCGUCCUGAAGGAGGGCAGCGUGGUCUGGAACAGCGCUGUGCUGCGGUGUGAAGCUCCCUGCGGUGGUCACCUGACUUCACCCAGCGGCACCAUCCUGUCUCCGGGCUGGCCUGGCUUCUACAAGGAUGCCUUGAGCUGUGCCUGGGUGAUUGAGGCCCAGCCAGGCUACCCCAUCAAAAUCACCUUCGACAGAUUCAAAACCGAGGUCAACUAUGACACCCUGGAAGUACGUGAUGGGCGGACUUACUCAGCGCCCUUGAUCGGGGUUUACCACGGGACCCAGGUUCCCCAGUUCCUCAUCAGCACCAGCAACUACCUCUACCUCCUCUUCUCUACCGACAAGAGUCACUCAGACAUCGGCUUCCAGCUCCGCUAUGAGACUAUAACACUGCAGUCAGACCACUGUCUGGAUCCAGGAAUCCCAGUAAAUGGACAGCGUCAUGGGAACGACUUCUACGUGGGCGCGCUAGUGACCUUCAGCUGUGACUCGGGCUACACAUUAAGUGACGGGGAGCCUCUGGAGUGUGAGCCCAACUUCCAGUGGAGCCGGGCCCUGCCCAGUUGUGAAGCUCUCUGUGGUGGCUUCAUUCAAGGCUCCAGUGGGACCAUCUUGUCGCCAGGGUUCCCUGACUUCUACCCCAACAACUUGAACUGCACCUGGAUUAUCGAAACAUCUCAUGGCAAGGGUGUGUUCUUUACUUUCCACACCUUCCACCUGGAAAGUGGCCACGACUACCUCCUCAUCACUGAGAACGGCAGCUUCACCCAGCCCCUGAGGCAGCUGACUGGAUCUCGGCUGCCAGCUCCCAUCAGCGCUGGGCUCUAUGGCAACUUCACUGCCCAGGUCCGCUUCAUCUCUGAUUUCUCCAUGUCAUAUGAAGGAUUCAACAUCACCUUCUCAGAGUACGACUUGGAGCCCUGUGAGGAGCCCGAGGUCCCAGCCUACAGCAUCCGGAAGGGCUUGCAGUUUGGCGUGGGUGACACCUUGACCUUCUCCUGCUUCCCCGGGUACCGUCUGGAGGGCACCGCCCGCAUCACGUGCCUGGGGGGCAGACGGCGCCUGUGGAGCUCGCCUCUGCCAAGGUGUGUUGCUGAGUGUGGGAAUUCAGUCACAGGCACUCAGGGUACUUUGCUGUCCCCCAACUUUCCUGUGAACUACAAUAACAAUCACGAAUGCAUCUACUCCAUCCAGACCCAGCCAGGGAAGGGAAUUCAGCUGAAAGCCAGGGCAUUCGAACUUUCCGAAGGAGAUGUCCUCAAGGUUUAUGACGGCAACAACAACUCCGCCCGUUUGCUGGGAGUAUUCAGCCAUUCUGAGAUGAUGGGGGUGACUUUGAACAGCACAUCCAGCAGUCUGUGGCUUGAUUUCAUCACUGAUGCUGAAAACACCAGUAAGGGCUUUGAACUGCAGUUUUCCAGUUUUGAACUCAUCAAAUGUGAGGACCCAGGAAUCCCCCAGUUUGGCUACAAGGUUCAUGAUGAAGGUCAUUUUGCAGGGAGCUCCGUGUCCUUCAGCUGUGACCCUGGAUACAGCCUGCGGGGUAGUGAGGAGCUGCUGUGUCUGAGUGGAGAGCGCCGGACCUGGGACCGGCCUCUGCCCACCUGUGUCGCCGAGUGUGGAGGGACAGUGAGAGGAGAGGUGUCGGGGCAGGUGCUGUCACCCGGGUAUCCAGCUCCCUAUGAACACAAUCUCAACUGCAUCUGGACCAUCGAAGCAGAGGCCGGCUGCACCAUUGGGCUACACUUCCUGGUGUUUGACACAGAGGAGGUUCAUGACGUGCUGCGCAUCUGGGAUGGGCCUGUGGAGAGCGGGGUUCUGCUGAAGGAGCUGAGUGGCCCGGCCCUGCCCAAGGACCUGCACAGCACCUUCAACUCGGUCGUCCUGCAGUUCAGCACUGACUUCUUCACCAGCAAGCAGGGCUUUGCCAUUCAAUUCUCAGUGUCCACAGCAACGUCCUGCAAUGACCCUGGGAUCCCGCAGAAUGGGAGCCGGAGUGGUGACAGUUGGGAAGCCGGCGACUCCACAGUGUUCCAGUGUGACCCUGGCUACGCGCUGCAGGGAAGUGCAGAGAUCAGCUGUGUGAAGAUCGAGAACAGGUUCUUCUGGCAGCCCAGCCCGCCAACAUGCAUCGCUCCCUGCGGGGGAGACCUGACAGGACCAUCUGGAGUCAUCCUGUCACCAAAUUACCCAGAACCCUACCCGCCAGGCAAGGAGUGUGACUGGAAAGUGACUGUCUCGCCAGACUACGUCAUCGCCCUGGUAUUUAACAUCUUUAACUUGGAGCCUGGCUAUGACUUCCUCCAUAUCUACGACGGACGGGACUCUCUCAGCCCUCUCAUAGGAAGCUUCUAUGGCUCCCAGCUCCCAGGCCGCAUUGAAAGCAGCAGCAACAGCCUCUUCCUUGCCUUCCGCAGCGAUGCAUCUGUGAGCAAUGCUGGCUUCGUCAUUGACUAUACAGAAAACCCGCGGGAGUCAUGUUUUGAUCCUGGUUCCAUCAAGAACGGCACAAGGGUGGGGUCCGACCUGAAGCUGGGCUCCUCCGUCACCUACUACUGCCACGGGGGCUACGAAGUUGAGGGCACCUCGACCCUGAGCUGCAUCCUGGGGCCUGAUGGGAAGCCCGUGUGGAACAAUCCCCGGCCAGUCUGCACAGCCCCCUGUGGGGGACAGUAUGUGGGUUCGGACGGAGUGGUCUUGUCCCCCAACUACCCCCAGAACUACACCAGUGGACAGAUCUGCUUGUAUUUUGUUACUGUGCCCAAGGACUAUGUGGUGUUUGGCCAGUUCGCCUUCUUUCACACGGCCCUCAACGACGUGGUGGAGGUUCACGACGGCCACAGCCAGCACUCGCGGCUCCUCAGCUCCCUCUCGGGCUCCCAUACAGGAGAAUCAUUGCCCUUGGCCACCUCCAAUCAAGUUCUCAUUAAGUUCAGCGCCAAAGGCCUCACACCAGCCAGAGGCUUCCACUUUGUCUACCAAGCGGUUCCCCGAACCAGCGCCACGCAGUGCAGCUCUGUGCCGGAACCCCGCUAUGGCAAGAGGCUGGGCAGUGACUUCUCGGUGGGGGCCAUCGUCCGCUUCGAAUGCAACUCCGGCUAUGCCCUGCAGGGGUCGCCAGAGAUCGAGUGCCUCCCUGUGCCUGGGGCCUUGGCCCAGUGGAAUGUCUCAGCGCCCACGUGUGUGGUGCCGUGUGGAGGCAACCUCACGGAGCGCAGGGGCACCAUCCUGUCCCCCGGCUUCCCAGAGCCGUACCUCAACAGUCUCAACUGUGUGUGGAAGAUCGUGGUCCCCGAAGGCGCUGGCAUCCAGAUCCAAGUAAUCAGUUUUGUGACAGAGCAGAACUGGGACUCCCUGGAAGUAUUUGAUGGUGCAGAUAACACUGUAACCAUGCUGGGGAGUUUCUCAGGAACAACCGUGCCUGCCCUUCUGAACAGCACCUCCAACCAGCUCUACCUUCAUUUCUACUCAGAUAUCAGCGUAUCUGCAGCUGGCUUCCACUUGGAGUACAAAACGGUGGGCCUGAGCAGUUGUCCGGAACCUGCUGUGCCUAGUAAUGGGGUGAAGACUGGCGAGCGCUACUUGGUGAAUGAUGUGGUGUCUUUCCAGUGUGAGCCGGGAUAUGCCCUCCAGGGCCACGCCCACAUCUCCUGCAUGCCCGGAACCGUGCGGCGAUGGAACUACCCUCCUCCACUCUGUAUUGCACAGUGUGGGGGAACAGUGGAGGAGAUGGAGGGGGUGAUCCUGAGCCCCGGCUUCCCAGGCAACUACCCCAGUAACAUGGACUGCUCCUGGAAAAUAGCACUGCCUGUGGGCUUUGGAGCUCACAUCCAGUUCCUGAACUUCUCCACCGAGCCCAACCACGACUACAUAGAAAUCCGGAAUGGCCCCUAUGAGACCAGCCGCAUGAUGGGAAGAUUCAGUGGAAGCGAGCUUCCGAGCUCCCUCCUCUCCACGUCCCAUGAGACCACCGUGUAUUUCCACAGUGACCACUCCCAGAAUCGGCCAGGAUUCAAGCUGGAGUAUCAGGCCUAUGAACUUCAAGAGUGCCCAGACCCAGAGCCCUUUGCCAAUGGCAUUGUGAGGGGAGCUGGCUACAACGUGGGACAAUCAGUGACCUUCGAGUGCCUCCCGGGGUAUCAAUUGACUGGCCACCCUGUCCUCACAUGUCAACAUGGCACCAACCGGAACUGGGACCACCCCCUGCCCAAGUGUGAAGUCCCUUGUGGCGGGAACAUCACUUCUUCCAACGGCACUGUGUACUCCCCGGGGUUCCCUAGCCCGUACUCCAGCUCCCAGGACUGUGUCUGGCUGAUCACCGUGCCCAUUGGCCAUGGCAUCCGCCUCAACCUCAGCCUGCUGCAGACAGAGCCCUCCGGAGAUUUCAUCACCAUCUGGGAUGGGCCACAGCAAACAGCACCACGGCUUGGCGUCUUCACCCGGAGCAUGGCCAAGAAAACAGUGCACAGUUCAUCCAACCAGGUUCUGCUCAAGUUCCACCGCGAUGCAGCCACAGGGGGGAUCUUCGCCAUAGCUUUCUCCGCUUAUCCACUCACCAAAUGCCCUCCUCCCACCAUCCUUCCCAACGCCGAAGUCGUCACAGAGAAUGAAGAAUUCAACAUAGGUGACAUCGUACGCUACAGAUGCCUCCCUGGCUUUACCUUAGUGGGGAAUGAAAUUCUGACCUGCAAACUUGGAACCUACCUGCAGUUUGAAGGCCCACCCCCAAUAUGUGAAGUGCACUGUCCAACAAAUGAGCUUCUGACAGACUCCACAGGCGUGAUCCUGAGCCAGAGCUACCCUGGAAGCUAUCCCCAGUUCCAGACCUGCUCUUGGCUGGUGAGAGUGGAGCCCGACUAUAACAUCUCCCUCACAGUGGAGUACUUCCUCAGUGAGAAGCAAUAUGAUGAGUUUGAGAUUUUUGAUGGUCCGUCAGGACAGAGUCCUCUGCUGAAAGCCCUCAGUGGGAAUUACUCAGCUCCCCUGAUUGUCACCAGCUCGAGCAACUCUGUGUACCUGCGCUGGUCAUCUGAUCAUGCCUACAAUCGGAAGGGCUUUAAGAUCCGCUAUUCAGCCCCUUAUUGCAGCCUGCCCAGGGCUCCACUCCAUGGCUUCAUCCUAGGCCAGACCAGCACUCAGCCUGGGGGCUCCAUCCACUUUGGCUGCAACGCUGGCUACCGCCUGGUGGGACACAGCAUGGCCAUCUGUACCCGGCACCCCCAGGGCUACCACCUGUGGAGCGAAGCCAUCCCUCUCUGUCAAGCUCUUUCCUGUGGGCUUCCUAAGGCCCCCAAGAAUGGAAUGGUGUUUGGCAAGGAGUACACAGUGGGAACCAAGGCCAUGUACAGCUGCAGUGAAGGCUACCACCUCCAGGCAGGCACUGAGGCCACUGCAGAGUGUCUGGACACAGGCUUAUGGAGCAACCACAAUGUCCCCCCACAGUGUGUCCCUGUGACCUGUCCUGAUGUCAGUAGCAUCAGCGUGGAGCAUGGCCGAUGGAGGCUUAUCUUUGAGACACAGUAUCAGUUCCAGGCCCAGCUGAUGCUCAUCUGUGACCCUGGCUACUACUAUACUGGCCAAAGGGUCAUCCGCUGUCAGGCCAAUGGCAAAUGGAGCCUCGGGGACUCUACACCCACCUGCCAAAUCAUCUCCUGUGGAGAGCUCCCGAUUCCCCCCAGUGGCCACCGCAUCGGAACACUGUCUGUCUACGGGGCAACAGCCAUCUUCUCCUGCAAUUCCGGAUACACACUGGUGGGCUCCAGGGUGCGUGAGUGCAUGGCCAAUGGGCUUUGGAGUGGCUCUGAAGUCCGCUGCCUUGCUGGACACUGUGGGACUCCUGAGCCCAUUGUCAAUGGCCACAUCAAUGGGGAGAACUACAGCUACCGGGGCAGUGUGGUGUACCAAUGCAACGCUGGCUUCCGCCUGAUCGGCAUGUCUGUGCGCAUCUGCCAGCAGGAUCAUCACUGGUCGGGCAAGACCCCUUUCUGUGUGCCAAUUACCUGUGGACACCCAGGCAACCCUGUCAACGGCCUCACUCAGGGCAACCAGUUUAACCUCAACGAUGUGGUCAAGUUUGUUUGCAACCCCGGGUACAUGGCUGAGGGGGCUGCUAGGUCCCAAUGCCUGGCCAGCGGGCAAUGGAGUGACAUGCUGCCCACCUGCAGAAUCAUCAACUGUACAGAUCCUGGACACCAAGAAAAUAGUGUUCGUCAGGUCCACGCCAGCGGCCUGCACAGGUUCAGCUUCGGCACCACUGUGUCUUACCGGUGCAACCACGGCUUCUACCUCCUGGGCACCCCAGUGCUCAGCUGCCAGGGAGAUGGCACAUGGGACCGUCCCCGCCCCCAGUGUCUCUUGGUGUCCUGUGGCCAUCCGGGCUCCCCGCCUCACUCCCAGAUGUCCGGAGACAGCUAUACUGUGGGAUCAGUGGUGCGGUACAGCUGCAUUGGCAAGCGUACUCUGGUGGGAAACAGCACCCGCAUGUGUGGGCUGGAUGGACACUGGACUGGCUCCCUCCCUCACUGCUCGGGAACCAGCGUGGGAGUUUGUGGUGACCCUGGGAUCCCGGCUCAUGGCAUCCGUUUGGGGGACAGCUUUGAUCCAGGCAGUGUGAUGCGCUUCAGCUGUGAAGCUGGCCACGUGCUCCGGGGAUCGUCAGAGCGCACCUGUCAAGCCAACGGCUCGUGGAGCGGCUCGCAGCCUGAGUGUGGAGUGAUCUCUUGUGGGAACCCUGGGACUCCAAGUAAUGCCCGAGUCGUGUUCAGUGAUGGCCUGGUUUUCUCCAGCUCUAUCGUCUAUGAGUGUCGGGAAGGAUACUACGCCACAGGCCUGCUCAGCCGUCACUGCUCAGUCAAUGGUACCUGGACAGGCAGUGACCCUGAGUGCCUCGUCAUAAACUGUGGUGACCCUGGGAUUCCAGCCAAUGGCCUUCGGCUGGGCAAUGACUUCAGGUACAACAAAACUGUGACAUAUCAGUGUGUCCCUGGCUAUAUGAUGGAGUCACAUAGAGUAUCUCUGCUGAGCUGCACCAAGGACCGGACAUGGAAUGGAACCAAGCCUGUCUGCAAAGCUCUCAUGUGCAAGCCACCUCCGCUCAUCCCCAAUGGGAAGGUGGUGGGGUCUGACUUCAUGUGGGGCUCAAGUGUGACUUAUGCCUGCCUGGAGGGGUACCAGCUCUCCCUGCCCGCGGUGCUCACCUGUGAGGGAAAUGGGUCCUGGACCGGAGAGCUGCCUCAGUGUUUCCCUGUGUUCUGUGGGGAUCCUGGUGUCCCGCCCCGUGGGAGGAGAGAGGACCGAGGCUUCUCCUACAGGUCAUCUGUCUCCUUCUCCUGCCAUCCCCCUCUGGUGCUGGUGGGCUCUCCACGCAGGUUUUGCCAGUCAGAUGGGACGUGGAGUGGCACCCAGCCCAGCUGCAUAGAUCCGACCCUGACCACGUGUGCAGACCCUGGUGUGCCACAGUUUGGGAUACAGAACAAUUCUCAGGGCUACCAGGUUGGAAGCACAGUCCUCUUCCGUUGUCAAAAAGGCUACCUGCUUCAGGGUUCCACCACCAGGACCUGCCUCCCAAACCUGACCUGGAGUGGAACCCCACCUGACUGUGUCCCCCACCACUGCAGGCAGCCAGAGACGCCAACGCAUGCCAACGUCGGGGCCCUGGACUUGCCCUCCAUGGGCUACACGCUCAUCUACUCCUGCCAGGAGGGCUUCUCCCUCAAGGGUGGCUCCGAGCACCGCACCUGCAAGGCGGAUGGCAGCUGGACAGGCAAGCCACCCAUCUGCCUGGAGGUCCGGCCCAGUGGGAGACCCAUCAACACUGCCCGGGAGCCACCGCUCACCCAAGCCUUAAUUCCUGGGGAUGUUUUUGCCAAGAAUUCCCUGUGGAAAGGGGCCUAUGAAUACCAGGGGAAGAAGCAACCAGCCAUGCUCAGAGUGACUGGCUUCCAAGUGGCCAACAGCAAGGUCAAUGCCACCAUGAUUGACCACAGUGGCGUAGAGCUGCACUUGGCUGGAACUUACAAGAAAGAAGAUUUCCAUCUCCUACUCCAGGUGUACCAGAUUACAGGGCCUGUGGAGAUCUUUGUGAAUAAGUUCAAAGAUGAUCACUGGGCUUUAGAUGGCCAUGUCUCGUCAGAAUCCUCUGGAGGCACCUUCAUCUACCAAGGCUCGGUCAAGGGCCAAGGCUUUGGGCAGUUCGGCUUUCAAAGACUGGACCUCAGGCUGCUGGAGUCAGACCCCGAGUCCAUUGGCCGCCACUUUGCUUCCAACAGCAGCUCAGUGGCAGCCGCGAUCCUGGUGCCUUUCAUCGCCCUCAUCAUUGCAGGCUUCGUGCUCUAUCUCUACAAGCACAGGAGAAGACCCAAAGUUCCUUUCAAUGGCUACGCUGGCCACGAGAACACCAAUGUUCGGGCCACGUUUGAGAACCCGAUGUACGACCGCAACAUCCAGCCCACAGACAUCAUGGCCAGCGAGGCGGAGUUCACAGUCAGCACAGUGUGCACAGCGGUAUAGCCACCUGGACUGGCUGCCACCACCGCCACCGAGAGCCCUGCCUCCAGCAGCCGUUCCCCAGGGGGCAGGAAGUAGGCUCCCCUGAGCACAGUGCCCAGUGCCCAUCUUCGUUCGUCUCUCUGCCUGUGUCUGCUACUGCUGGGACUCAGGCCCUCGCCCUGCCGCCAUCUAUGCCAGUCACCCUGGAGAGGACUCCCGCCGUGUCCUGAGAAGGCAGAAAAGGAAGAGGGGCUGCAGACGGAGGAAGAAAGUUUAUGGAUUUAAAAUAGCAAAGCAACCUGUGGAUCUGUGUGUGUGUGUGUGUAUGGGCCUGAUCACACACACACACAUACACACACACACACACACACACACACACACACACACCUUUCCUUCAUUCAUGUCCUAUGGAAGAGACCAUAAAGGCUUCAAAACUAGAAGUGCACAUGAAGGAUGCUUCAUGCCCUGUUCCCCACACACAGAGAAGAGAUGAAGGGGGGGAGGUACGGUCAGCUUUCAAAACAAUAUGCCCCCUGCCCAUCCCAUGUGUGAGGACACGGUGACUCAGUGACUGUAACAGUAGGACACAUCCCAUCGUGUGGUCAGCGUGCAGAAACCCGGUCAGCGUGCAGAAACCAGCUGUCUGCUGAUGAACGGCCCCAUCUGCACAGCGGCAGCAAGGAUUACCCCAAGGGCAGGAAAAAAGUCUGUGGAAAUAGAUUGAAAAUCAGUUUCUUUAUUUUUUUCAAACACUAUUUUAUUGAGUUCUAAACCCAGUAGAUUAAAAAGUCGUUUGGGUCCUGGGAAGCACUGGGAAAGAAGGGAGAGCCGGGGAGGAUAGGGCAGGAGUCUGGCCGGCAGCCCAAGGUCAAGUCUGGCUGUCAACUGACAAAGAGAAGAGAAGACAAGUCUGUGGCCCAGACAGGAUGCCAAGUCUGGGGGCAGCAGCAGGGUCCUUGAGAGAACAGGGGAGCAAGUCUGCCCCAGUACCCGAAAAACAAUGGCUAUCAUGUACUGGGGUUAUUCUCUGUGCCUGACACUUUGCCUAUAGUAUUUCUAGUCUGCACAAUGACACCAAAACAUAGGAUUUGUUAUUCCCCUUUGACAGAUGAGAAAACAGAAGCCUGGAAAGGUAAAGACAGAGUUAGGAAGUGUGGAGUCAGAAUGCAAACCCAGAUCAGUCUGCCCCAAAGUCCACUACACCAGCUGCCAGAAACCCUGUUCUAGAAGGGGCAGCUAAGAAGGGAGGAGCCAAUGAAUCUCUACAGUAGCACUGUGGUCAGGUCUGGAAAGCCAGGCAAGACACCUGUGUGUCCUAUCUGGGUUCUGCUGUCUCCGUGUAGGCAGCCUCGGGGCAAGGAUUCAACUCCCCAGGCCUCCUGCGUUUGGUGCUGGCUCCUUGGCUCCCAGCAGCCGCUGACCAUAGCCAGCAAAAGACCUGGCAGGUCCUGAAUCAAAACAACGGAGUGGCUGAAAGUCACACUCUCUCCAGCUCCUUGCAAGUGGGUUUGAUUUAUUUUGACAGCUAUAUUAUGCUUCGGUCAUUCAUGAAUUCCAUGAAUAUUGUUGGGAAGUUCAUGAGUUUAGGAAUCAAAGUAUAGCAUUUAGGGCCACUUUCUCUGUCCUCGGGAAGGUCCCCACAAGCUUAAGCCCCUGUACACGUGUGACAGGCUGGCCUCAGAGAUUCAUGUCACAUAUUGAAAUAACAAAUAGAAAUGUGCAGGAGCGGAGGGACAGUGACACCUGGUUCUUAAGCAAAUUCUAGAUUGGAACAAUUAGAAGAUCUGACUGAUGUUAAGAGUGGCCAGGGUAAAGUGAGAGGCGUCCAUUUCCAGCAGACACAAUGGAGGCUGACAGAGGCAGGAGCCUACCCCUGGCCACACCACCUCUGGGACACCCCUGGGCCUGGAGGGAGAGGGCCAAUCCAGACACACUCACACUCUCAUCUCUUUCCUUGGCUGGAAACAAGUGCAGGAAGCUCCCCUCCCAAUUUCUUACGCUCCCUUCUCCCUUACACUCCUCUCCUUCGACUGCUCCCUUCCCCCUUCUUAUGCCCCUCUCAGACCACCCAGUGGACGCCUAUUCCCGCCCCCCACCCCUCCCCUGCAUCUCCUUGUAAAGUUCCAUGAGAUGCUCGAGGAGCACCUGCUGGUGGGGCACCCAGCACUCUGCUGGGCAUCACCCUCCGCACCCCUGGCAUUUCUCUCCACCUCCAGAGGCUUGGAAGGGAACAGGGCAGAUGAGGCCCUUCACCCACCAUCUACGCCAUAUACCCAUCACCAUCCCAUGAGGAAAAAAAAGAAAGUAAAACAAAAACAAAAAAAAUCUUUUGUACAGAGAUAUAUUUUUAUUAUACAAAGUUUGUACAGUACCAAAAAAGAAAAAAAAAAGGUGUAAAUUUUUUUUCAUUAUUGUAGGUAAACGGUAGUGGAAGCCUUUUUUGUAAAUGUAAUAAAAUGUAUAAAUAUGGUUUUCAGAAAACAUCAAGUGCUGUAAAUAUGUAAUCUACACACCUUCUUGGCUUGUCUGCAGUAUAUACAUUUAAUUUAUCUGUCUCUGUAUAUGAGGCUUCCCCCUGGGGUCCUGCAUUAUGGUACUUUCCUGAAUUUGAAAGCAAUUUUAAAUUUUUUGAAUUCAAAUAAAAUAUAAAUUUUUGCAUUGGUUUUCUUACAUUUUUAUGGCCUCUUUCAUGACUAGGGGCAAGUGUUUGUUGGGAAAGGGAAUGAAAGACAUAUUUUCUCCUAAAAAUCCAAGGGUAGAAAUAUGGGAGUCCAUUUCUUAACUGCAUUGUGUUAUCACUGCUACAUGUUGGAAACUCCAAGCAAAAAUGAUAGUGCAUACCCCACAUAAAAAAGUUAACUCAAAAUGGAUCAAAGACCUAAACAUAAGACCUAAAAUUAUAAAAUGCUUACAAGAAAAUGUAGGUGGAAAGCUUCGUGACAUUAGAUUUGGCAGUGAUCUCCUGCAUAUGACAUCAAACGUAUAGACAACAAAAGAAAAAACAGAUAAACUGGACUACAUCAAAACUCACAACUUCUGUAUAUCAAAAGAUACAAUCAACAGAGUGAAAAGGCAAGCUAUAGAAUGGGAGAAAAUAUUGCACAUCAUUUCUCUGAUAAGGGGUUAAUAUUGAGAAUCUAUAAAGAACUCUUAGGAAAGACUUGAACAGUCAUUUCUCCAAAGAAAAUAUACAAAUGGCCAACAAGCACAUGAAAAAAUGCUCAACAUUACUAAUCAUUAGGGAAAUAAUCAAAGCCACAAUGAGAUGCCACCUCACACCAAUUAGAAUGGCUACUAUCAAAAAAUAAUAAGUGUUGGUGAGGAUGUGGAGAAAUUGGAACCCUUGUGCCCCAUUGGUGGGAAUGUAAAAUGGUGCAGUCACUAUGGAAAACAGUAUGGCGAUUUCUCAAAACAUCAAAAAUAGAAUUACCAUAUUGUCUAGCAGUUCCACUUUUGAGUAUAUACCCAAAAGAGUUGAAAGCAGGGUCACAAAAAGAUAUGUUAAUAGCGGCAUUUAUUAACAAAUGCCAAAAAGUAGAAGGAACCCAAAUGUCCAUCAACAGAUGAAUGGAUAAACAAAAUGUGGU